CAUAACAAGUUAGAGAAAGAGCAGUUUAAUGGCAUAUUUUCAGUAAACGCAAGAAGGCGAAAACUAGGUAGAGCAUUCACUUCAUUUACAGAGAUUGUAUGUAGCUGAAUAUAACUCUUAAAGCCAGCGGCUGUGGAAUAGCUGCGACAGAGACCCGGUUUGUGGCAUUCAAUGAAGAAGCAGACAUACAGUAUGCAAUGCAGCCAUGACAGGCAAGAGUAAGACCGCUGUGAAGACACUGGAAGAUUUAACGCUCGAUUCUGGUUAUGGUGGAGCCGCGGACUCCUUCAGGUCGUCCAGCGUGUCGCUGUGUUGCUCAGACACGAAACUGUCAUACGCGCAUGGGGGCAACUGCUGGCAUUUGACCGAAUCUAUGCACAGCCGACACAACAGCUUGGACACGGUCAACACAGUCCUGGCGGAGGACACGGAUAUCUUGGAGUUGUGCAGCCAGUGCGCCAAGCUUCCCGAGCUGGAGGACGUGCCAUGGAGUCUCAGCGAGGUGGAGUGCGCACUCAGGAAGGAAGUGGAGCUAUGUGUGGGGAGCCCAUCACAAGAGGUCCUGGCCAAGCUCUCAGCACUGGUCAGCCGGGCGUUGGUGAGGGUCGCCCGGGAGGCUCAGCGGCUCAGUCUGCGCUAUGCCAAGUGCACCAAGCACGAGAUCCAAAGCGCCAUCAAGGUGGUUCUCUCCUGGACCAUCUCUGUCAACUGCAUCACUGCGGCACUAAACGCACUUUCGCUCUAUAAUAUGAGCACUGGGGAUAAAUUCAGCCGGGGCAAGUCAGCGCGGUGCGGGCUCAUCUUUUCUGUUGGACAUUUUUUCAAGUGGAUGGUUGAGAAUCGGGUGGCACUCCGGGUCCACGAGCACGCGGCUAUAUACUUCACCGCCUGCGUGGAGAGCCUGUUCCGUGAGAUAUUCAGCCGAGUGCAGCGGAGCGCGCUCAUCAAGAAGGACAACGGCACCUCCACAUUUAUGCUCGAGACCCUAGAACAGGCCAUCAACAAUGACUCGGAGAUCUGGGGUCUGCUGCAGCCCUACCAGCACCUCAUAUGUGGGAAGAAUGCAAGUGGUGUGCUGAGCCUGCCGGACAGUCUGACCCUACACCGGGACCAGCAGCGCUCUGGGAAUGGCGGCGAGGGCAAUGCCUACAAUCAGGCCGAACUCCGCAACCUGGAACAGUCCCUACUGGCUACACGUGUGGGAAGCAUCGCCGAGCUCAGUGAUUUGGUGUCACGGGCCAUGCACCAUCUCCAGCCAUUGCACAUUAAGAACCAUAGCAACGGCACGCCGGUCGACCAGAAGAGCGGCUCGGUGCACUGGGAGCCUGAGGCUCUCUACACCCUCUGCUAUUUCAUGCAAUGUCCCCAGAUAGAGUGGGAGAACCCCAAAGUGGAGCCCUCCAAAGUCACCCUGCAGACCGAGAGGCCCUUCCUUGUACUGCCGCCACUGAUGGAGUGGAUUCGGGUGGCAGUGGCCCACGCAGAACACCGGCGCAGCUUCUCUGUGGACAGCGACGACGUGAGACAGGCUGCCAGGUUGCUCCUGCCAGGGGUGGACUGUGAGCCACGGCAGCUAAAGGCAGAUGAUUGUUUCUGUGCCACCCGAAAGCUCGAAGCGGCGUCCACAGAGGCUAAGUUUCUGCAGGACCUGGGUUUCCGCAUGCUCAACUGUGGCCGGUCAGACCUUCUGAAACAGGCGGUCAACCUACUGGGGCCUGAUGGUAUCAACAGCAUGAGCGAGCAGGGGAUGACACCACUCAUGUAUGCCUGUGUGCGGGGAGACGAGGCCAUGGUUAAGAUGCUGCUGGACGCUGGGGCCGACAUCAACAGUGAGUUGCUCCUGGAUAGCCGAGCCAGUGUGGAGGGGGCCCUGCAGGAUGGAGAAGAUAACUACACUGAGACCCCGCUGCAGCUGGCCUCUGCUGCAGGGAACUUUGAGCUGGUCAGCCUAUUGUUGGAGAGAGGGGCGGAUCCUAUGACCGGAACCAUGUACAGAAAUGGCAUCUCAUCUGCCCAAUCCGGGGACAUGAGCUCAUACAGCCUGGCAGCAUCUCAUGGCCACAGGAAUGUGUUCCGGAAGCUUCUGUCCCAUGCAGAGAAAGAAAAGGGUGAUGUCCUCUCUCUGAAGGAGAUCCUGGCCGAGAGCUCGGAGCCCGGUGAGAAGAAACCGCCCCAGGCCAUCAGAACACUCCAACGAACAGGAAAGGCCAAACUGAGGGCCCUGAGAGAGGCCAUGUACCAUAGCACUGAACACGGCCAUGUGGACAUCACCAUAGACAUCCGCAGCUUAGGUGUCCCAUGGACUCUGCACACUUGGCUGGAGUCUCUGCGCACCUGUUUCCUGCAGCACCGGCGUCCACUGAUCCAGGGUCUGCUAAAGGACUUCAGUUGCAUCCAAGAGGAGGAGUACACUGAGGAGCUCAUCACCCACGGACUGCCACUUAUGUUCCAGAUCCUCCACGCCAGCAAGAAUGAGGUGAUCAGCCAGCAGCUGUCUGUGAUUUUCACCCAGUGCUAUGGGCCCUUCCCUAUCCCCAAGCUCACUGAAAUCAAGAGGAAGCAGACCUCGCGACUCGACCCCCACUUCCUCAACAACAAGGAGAUGUCUGAUGUAACGUUCCUGGUGGAAGGAAAACCUUUCUAUGCACAUAAAGUCCUGUUAUUUACUGCUUCUGCCAGGUUUAAAUCCCUGCUCCAAAACAGACCGGCAGCAGAGAACACCUGCAUUGAGAUCAGUCAUGUCAAGUACAACAUAUUCCAGUUGGUCAUGCAGUACCUGUAUUGUGGAGGCACUGAGUCCUUGCACAUCAGGAAUACUGAGAUUAUGGAGCUCCUGUCUGCAGCAAAAUUCUUUCAACUAGAGGCCCUUCAGCGACACUGUGAGAUCAUCUGCUCCAAGAACAUUGCCAUGGAAACCUGUGUGGACAUCUACAAACAUGUUAAGUUCCUCUGUGCCAGUGAGCUGGCGGCCUUUAUCGAAGGCUACUUCCUGAAGAACAUGGUGCUGCUGAUUGAGGUGGAGGCUUUCAAACAACUGCUGUACGAGAUGCCUGCUACAGUGAGCCCCGGACCCUGCCCCAGCCCCAUCUCCGACGUUCUCCAUGACCUGGAGAAAACUCUAGCCACCCGCAUCCACUCCAUCCACCUCUCCUCCGCAAAGGGCUCCAUCGUGUGACCGCUCUGGGUUAUCAAAACGCAUUUACAACCACCCAGUAAUGUUACUGCAACAUCCACCACCCCAAUUCAUCCACCUGUCCCCUGAUAAGGGACCUGGUGGCUGUCAGGGUUGUAAACAUUUUCAUAACAUCCCUGUAAUGUUACUGCUAUAUCAAACCCUGUCCAUCUACCUGUCCACCCUUGGGAGUACUGUUGGGUUAUGUGACAGGUCUGGGUGGUAACACUUUCACAACAUUGCUGCAGCAUUACACUUGUGUCCAGCCAUCUGACGGCUCCAUUGUCUUCUCUUUGUUAGAGGUUUGAACAUUGAUGUAUAACUCCUCUAACGUCACUGCACCAUCUAAUACAUAAAGGUAAAAUGUGAACAUUUUGUAUGACUUGUUACAGGCGUAUACUAUGCCCAUGAUAAUAAAAUGUACAAUUGUAUUUCAUAUGAGAUGCAUACGUGGAAUAGGUCCCUUUUGCUGAAAGAGUGGGAUAACAGGUAGAAUAAAAACUCUUCUUUGAAAAAUGCAACUCUUCAUUCAGUGGUUAAUAUCUGGUUUGAGAGUUUACUUGGCUAUGUAAUAUAUAUUUUUGUAGAAUUGGGAUGCAAAUAUGUUUGGUGACAGAGCAGGUGACUAAAGUAAAGGAAAACUGUCUGCCAGUAAGUUACCGUAAAAACAAUGUGUUUUUUUUUACAGUGUAUUCUUGAUAAUGAUUAACUUUGGAAGUGCAUUGUAGCAAUGAUUUGAGAGUGAUUUGAGAAUGUAAACACAUAUGCCAACUCAUUCUCUUCAUGUGUUGGACAGCAUCUCACUCAGUUGUCGAUAAAGAAUGCGCUGAGGCCGAACUUAUCAGAGGAACUUCCACAACUGACCAAUACUUCAGUGCUCCUUGAACUGUACUCCCAACAAUCAUUAUCCAUUUAUGUUUAAAACAUGGAUGUUCAACUAGGACUAAACUUGUGAUAUAUUUAUGAACAAUGUCAAUAAUUUGCAUGACACCUCUCAACUGUACUACCCUACUGUUGCGUUUCAGCAGAGCCAACCUCAUAGACUACUUUGGAGGAAAGUGAAGAGCUCUAUGACGAGUCAUAGACUCAUAAUGGCAGUCUCGAGAUGGAAGGGUCUGUCUUCAUGCUGUAAUUGGGGGACACAAUGUAAAUAUGUCAUGAAAGUCAAUUGUGUUGGCCGUUCUUUCUACAAACUAAUGUACAGUAUAUUUCAUUCACCUACACUUAUUUGGCUAACAGCAUUGCUCUUGUUGGAUGUGUUGCCUGCACAAACGUUGUUCUUAAAUGUACAAUUCUGUUAAUGCAAAGUUGCAUGUUAAAUGUACAGUAUGAAUCUUUAGAUUUUUCUGUGUAAGACUUUUGUUUACAUUUGUGUGUCAUGCAGAUUGGUAUAAGUGAGUAAGGUAUUAGUCUUUGAUACAUGUAGAAUUUCAAGCAUGGGAUGUUUUCCGUCGACGCUGUGCAACUACUGAUGCAUUCCAAAUAAUUAAGGUUGAAAGGUGACACGGUAGUUCUUAGGUGAUCUCAUCAAAUAGCUUUGAUCGAAACAACCAAAAUAGUCAAUUGCCAUGAUAAGAUAUUGUCAAAUCACAUGUAGAUAUUGAGAAAUGCUGUAUGUAUAAUGUGUAUAAGGUAUUAUGUAUGUCUCAAUGGUGCAUUAAGCGGUCACACUUUAUUUGGAUAGUCCAUCUGUAGAUAAUGUACAGAUGGUCAUAAUAUCAACAAACUAUCUGUUGAUAAGCAACUCCUUGCUAAAGUUACGGUUAGGGUAAGGUUUAGAAUACGU